GCACUGAGGGGAGGUGUAGCCGGUCGGGGGAGAGAGGUAGUGGUGGCGGAAGAGGUUCGGCGGCUGAUGGCGGCACCGGCUCGGAAGCCUCUCUAACGCUCCCUCUGUCUUGGGGCUCCUCGCAGGAUUCACAAUGACAUCCUUUCAAGAAGUCCCCUUGCAGACUUCCAACUUUGCCCAUGUCAUCUUUCAAAAUGUGGCCAAGAGUUAUCUUCCUAAUGCACACCUGGAAUGUCAUUACACCUUAACUCCAUAUAUCCAUCCACAUCCAAAAGAUUGGGUUGGUAUAUUCAAGGUUGGAUGGAGUACUGCUCGUGAUUAUUACACAUUUUUAUGGUCUCCUAUGCCUGAACAUUACAUAGAAGGAUCAACAGUUAAUUGUGUAUUAGCAUUUCAAGGAUAUUACCUUCCAAAUGAUGAUGGAGAAUUUUAUCAGUUCUGUUAUGUUACCCAUAAGGGUGAAAUUCGUGGAGCAAGUACACCUUUCCAGUUUCGGGCUUCUUCUCCAGUUGAAGAGUUACUUACUAUGGAAGAUGAAGGAAAUUCUGACAUGUUGGUGGUGACCACAAAAGCUGGUCUUCUUGAGUUGAAAAUUGAGAAAACCAUGAAAGAAAAAGAAGAACUAUUAAAGUUAAUUGCUGUCCUGGAAAAAGAUACAACACAGCUUCGAGAACAAGUUGGAAGAAUGGAAAGAGAGCUUAACCAUGAGAAAGAGAGAUGUGACCAGCUGCAAGCAGAGCAUAAGGGUCUUGUUGAAGUAUCACAAAGUUUAAGAACGGAAAAUGAAGAGUUUAAGAAGAGAUACAAUGAUGCUACGUCCAAAGCUCUCCAGCUUGAGGAAGAUAUUGUGUCAGUGACACAUAAAGCGAUCGAAAAAGAAACUGAAUUAGACAGUUUAAAGGAUAAACUCAGGAAGACACAGUAUGAAAGAGAACAACUGGAAUGUCAAUUGAAGACCGAAAAGGAUGAGAAGGAACUUUAUAAGGUACAUUUGAAGAAUACCGAAAUAGAAAAUACCAAGCUUGUGUCAGAGGUCCAGACUCUAAAGAAUUUAGAUGGGAAUAAAGAAAGCAUGAUUACUCAUUUUAAAGAAGAGAUUGGCAGGCUGCAGUUCUGUUUGGCUGAAAAGGAAAAUCUGCAAAGGACAUUCUUGCUUACAACUUCAAGUAAGGAAGAUACUUUUCUUUUAAAGGAGCAACUUCGUAAAGCAGAGGAACAGGUUCAGGCAACUCGGCAGGAAAUUGUCUUUCUGGCUAAAGAACUUAGUGAUGCUGUAAAUGUGAGAGAUAAAACAAUGGCAGAUCUGCAUACUGCACGCUUGGAAAAUGAGAAAGUAAAAAAGCAGUUAGCUGAUGCAGUGGCAGAACUUAAACUAAGUGCUGUGAAAAAAGACCAGGAAAAGUCUGAUACACUAGAACACGAACUGAGAAGAGAAGUUGAAGAUUUGAAACUUCGUCUUCAAAUGGCAGCAGAUCAUUAUAAAGAAAAAUUCAAGGAAUGCCAGAGGCUCCAAAAACAAAUAAACAAACUUUCAGACCAAUCAGCCAAUAGCACCAGUGUCUUAACAAAGAAAAUCGGAAAUCAGCAAAAAGUGAAUGAUGCUUCAAUAAACACAGACCCAGCUACUACUGCCUCUAAUAUAGAUGUAAAGCCUUCUACAGCUGAGACAGAUUCUGACAUUGUAACAAAGGGACAAGUCUGUGAAAUGACCAAAGAAAUUGCUGACAAAACAGAAAAAUACAAUAAAUGUAAACAGCUCUUGCAGGAUGAGAAAACAAAAUGCAAUAAAUAUGCCGAUGAACUUGCAAAAAUGGAACUGAAAUGGAAAGAACAAGUGGAGAUUGCUGAAAAUAUAAAACUAGCACUAGCUGAAGUAGAGGAUAAUUACAAACUUCAGUUGGCAGAGAAAGACAAAGAAAUAAAUGGACUGACGACACAUUUGGAAAAACUCUCCGGGGAGAAGGAACUUAAAAUGAGUCUAGAAAAUCAAGCAGAAAGGAAAACAGAAGGUCCGAAUUCUCAGAGUCCUCGGAAGAUCUCACAGCGUCUCAGUACAUGCUCAGAGCAAAAUGGUCAUGUUGCUGCAGUGCCAAAUGUACAGCCAGUUCUGCAAUAUGGUAAUCCUUAUGCAACACAGGAAACCAGAGAUGGAGCAGAUGGUGCUUUUUACCCCGAUGAAAUCCAGAGGCCACCUGUAAGAGUACCUUCUUGGGGAGUGGAAGAUAAUGUUGUCUGCAGCCAGCCUGCUCGAAACCUUAGUCGGCCGGAUGGUUUAGAAGACCCUGAGGAUAGUAAAGAGGAUGAACAUGUGCCCACUGCUCCCGAUCCUCCAAGUGAGCAUUUACGUGGGCAUGGAACAGGCUUCUGCUUUGAUUCCAGCUUUGAUGUUCACAAGAAGUGUCCCCUCUGUGAAUUAAUGUUCCCUCCCAACUAUGAUCAGAGCAAAUUUGAAGAACAUGUUGAAAGUCACUGGAAGGUGUGCCCAAUGUGCAGCGAGCAGUUCCCUCCUGACUAUGACCAGCAGGGCUUUGAAAGGCACGUGCAGACCCAUUUUGAUCAGAAUGUUUUAAAUUUUGACUAGUUACUUUUUAUUAUGAGUUAGCAAUAUAGUUUAACAAUUUAAAAAAAUCACCUCCAAUAGACCACUAUGGAGACCACAAGGUAUCCCUUCCAUGUACCUUCUACCACACUUUUCUGAACAAGCGCUGCUUUGGAGUUUUGUGUUACUAGGGUCAAUCUUCAGCUUAUCAAUAAAUAUCAUUGUAACCCCUGUUAAUCUUACAGCUUAAGAAAACUUUUUCUGUGUUUGUAUCUUUAUUUAUUCCCCAGUUUGCAGAACUAUAUGAAUAAAGGAAAUGGAUUGUUUUAAUGUUACCACACUGAAUAUAUAUGUGGAGUGUGUGACUUAGCAUAAUAUUUACAAGUUUCUGUUGACCUUGUUGAUUGAGCAUGACUACUAAAUAUUAUGUAAUAAAAAUAAUUUAUAAGUGUGGCAAAAUAAUUAUUUGAAUACAGAAACUUCCAUAAUUUAACCCAUGAAAGGAUUUUUUUUAACUUCCUUUAAAAAUGGAGCUGCAUGUAGAAUCAGCUCACAUGCUUGCAGUAUAGCAACUACUUUUUGAUAUUUGAAAUGUUUGCUUUAGUAUUGAAUAGAAGGCAUAUUUUGCUAAUUUUAUGACCAAAACAUUUUAGAAUGACUUGAGUGAUUAUUUUUAAGCCAUCUUGAAGUUGUAUUUCUGUCUAAUGGGAAAAUGGAACAAAUACACCAGUGCAGUUGUUUCAUAACAACUGUUUCAUAGAAAGGAUCUAAACAGUGGUGGUUGUGGCAUAAAAUCACAGGAAGUGUAUCUGUAACUUUUCCACAUUUUCCUGAUGGAGGAGAAUUUUGAAAGAAGAUUCUCAGUAAGUGAUUGAAAAUGUGAUGUAUAAAUGCAAAUCAAUGUGUUCAUUGUGUCUCUAUGUAGUAUUCUCAUUAACAUUAAAGAGGACACAUUUUUGGAGAUGUGUAAUUUCAUUGUCAAAUUUAUUUACGAUAGCUUUUCAUUAAGUGUAAACAUCAUUAACAUUUUUUUUUUUUGGUCUGGGCUGUUAAGUUUCCCAACAGUGUUUCUCUUAAAAUAUGAAUGGUAAGAAUUUACUGUGAUUUUGCUUCUUUUGUAGUUAUCAAAAUAUUUAAGCUUAAGCAAGGUAGCUGGGAUGUUAACCUUACAAUCCGCGUGGUGGCAUUUCGGUGUGCUGUGUGUGAACUGCAUUCACAUCGUGUUGCUUGUAUUGGUUUCUGAAAGCCGAAGUUGGAAUCCUUGAAAAAGAAUUGUGAGUGCAGGGCAAGACGGGCUGUGGCAGACUAGAAGGCAGCAGUAGCUGAGGACACCCCCCCCCCCCCCCACUCACCUUCCCGGGAGGGGGACGUGCGGAUAAAACACAUUCAGUGGGGAUAGUCUCACGCUGCGGAGCAAGCCAACCUACGAGUAUCCUCCCCGUGUUAGGGUGGUAAGGGACACUACUGAAAAUACAGAGCCCUGUUUGUUUUGGGUCAGAGGCAGUUUAUUUUAAAUGAUUUCAUUUACAUUUAUAAGCAGCUUUUCUUGACAGCAAUUUUGAUUAAGUUGCCUUCAGUUCUAAAACAAACCUCUGUUGCUUUCAAACUUAAUGUGCUCUGUCCCCAACAAAACAUAUGAAAAUAUAAUUUAAAGCACAGUUUUCACAGACACAGUACGAUACAUUCACUAUACACGGUAUAACAAAAUAUUCCCAUCCUUACCUGUUUAGUAAUACUGUCACAAGGAAUAAGUAAAUAGAAAUUGAAUUUGUUUUAUAGUUGAAAGAAAUUUAACAUGCACAAUGACUAUUUUAUGACUGUUUAGCUGUUGAACUACUGAUCCAGCCUACAUUUCUUGCACUAGAAGGAGCAAAGCUAAAUAAUGACUGCUGGCCUAAAAAAAUUUUGGUCAAUUAUAGGUAGAUAUGAAGUAUCCAAGCAGGGCCUUCUUAUGCACCAACUAGUUGCUUCUCAUUGUCUGGAUCACCCUUUUUCAACCUAGAACACUGUAUAUUCAGGACCAAGACCACUCUUCAGAGAUCUGAGGAAAUUUUUCGAGGGCAGUGUCUUUAGAAAUACUUUAAAAUCCCUCAUUAUGAGGGAUCGACAACUGAAGAAUAUAGAAGCUUACCCAUCUGGCCAGUCAUCCUUUCAGACUGCGUGAAGAAUUGAGGAGGGACACCUGCUUCCCAGCUGUAAGACUUUCAUCAAAUGGAACAUGGAAAGUUAUUUUGUAAGCAGUUCGAGUUUGCUUUUCACCAGUUUUGUGGGCAGUUAGCCAUCUCAGAGCAAUUUUUAUUGCAUAAUGAGGCAGUUGGUAAACUCUUGCAUGUUUAAGGAAUAGCAC